ACCCUUCGAAAAGAACCCACUCUCCUCUCCCCCUCUGCAGCAAUACUAUCUCUGGUCGGCAGAAUCCGUCUCCCUCUUUCCAUCCCCCACCCCUCACCUUAAAAACCACUUCUUCACUCUUCACUCUUCAAUCCAUUUUCCUUCACUUUCCCGAGAAAAAUUGGACUCCUCUACUCUUUUCACUCAUCUACUCAUCCCCGCAGAUUUCGGUUCUCAAAAAACCUUACCAGUUCCGUGUUGGACUUGGACGCCCCGCCUCCGUACGUUUCUCGAGUUUGUUAGGGUUUAGAAUCAGAGCUACUACAUUUACUUCUCCCUUGUCCGGCGGUCUUUUUCUCUUACUAGAGAACCACUCUUUCUUUCAGUCAAGAUCCUGUAGCUGAACAAUGAUUAGAGUUAUGGAUUCUGUGAAUGAACCCCUGAGGAACUUAGAAAAAUGCUUGGAUCCUCAACUGUGGCAUGCCUGUGCUGGUGGCAUGGUCCAGAUGCCUGCAGUCCACUCCAAGGUCUACUAUUUUCCUCAGGGACAUGCUGAGCAUGCUAAUGGUAAUGUAGAUUUCAGGAAUUUUCCGAUUCCUCCACUUAUCUUAUGUCAAGUUUCUGGGAUUAAGUAUAUGGCGGAUCCUGAAACCGAUGAGGUUUUUGCAAAAAUGUUGUUAGUUCCUUUGAGGGAUGAUGGCCAUGAGGAUGACAAUUUUGAUGGGAACAGUGGGAUGGAGGAUAACGAGAAAUCUGCCUCCUUUGCUAAGACUCUAACACAGUCCGAUGCUAACAAUGGUGGGGGUUUCUCUGUCCCACGUUAUUGUGCAGAAACUAUCUUCCCUAAACUGGACUAUAGUGCAGAGCCUCCUGUUCAGAAUAUUCUGGUCAAGGAUGUCCAUGGAAACGUUUGGAAGUUUAGGCAUAUUUAUAGGGGGACACCUCGGCGGCAUCUUUUGACGACAGGGUGGAGUAACUUUGUGAAUCAUAAGAAGCUUGUGGCGGGUGAUUCAAUUGUGUUUCUGAGAGCAGAGAAUGGGGAUCUUUGUGUGGGAAUUCGUCGGGCAAAGAAAGGAAUUGGAAGUGGUCAUGAGUAUUUGCCUGGCUGGAAUUUUGGGGGUGGAAACUCUGGCUCCCAGUUUGGAGGAUAUUCGCCCUUUUUAAAGGAGGAGGAAAGCAAAUCAGUGAGGAGAAAUUCUAAUGGGGAUAUGAAGGGAAGAGUAAGGGUUGAUUCAGUUAUUGAAGCUGCAAAUUUGGCUGCCAAUGGACAGCCCUUCGAGGUUGUUUACUAUCCACGAGCAAGCACUCCAGAGUUUUGUGUGAAGGCUUCCUCAGUUAGAGCUGCCAUGCAAAUCCAGUGGUGUCCAGGGAUGAGGUUCAAAAUGGCUUUUGAAACUGAGGACUCAUCACGGAUUAGCUGGUUCAUGGGAACAAUAUCUUCUGUUCAGGUUGUUGAUCCCAUUCAUUGGCCCACUUCUCCAUGGCGUCUUCUCCAGGUACAGUGGGAUGAACCAGAUUUACUUCAAAAUGUGAAGCGGGUUAAUCCUUGGUUGGUUGAACUGGUAUCGAACAUACCACCCAUUCAUCUUAAUGCUUUUUCACCAAGGAAAAAGAUGAGGCUUCCACAACAGCCUGACUUUUUAUUCAACCAAUUUCCUGUGCCACCAUUUUCUGGCAACCCUCUCGGAUCUAGCAGCCCCUUAUCUUGCAUUACAGACAACAUACCUGCAGGCAUACAGGGAGCCAGGCAUGUGCAAUUUGGAUUGUCUCCAUCAGAUCUCCACUUCAACAAGCUGCAGACAGGUCUGUUUCCAGUUGGAUUUCAGCAGCUUGAUCACGCUGCCCCUCCUUAUAGAAACCCAACUGAGAAGCUUUUCACUGAGAAGGAAAACAAUGGUAAUGCAUCUUGCUUGCUGAGAAUUGGAAAUUCCCCUCAGAGUUUGGAGGGAAAUAAUGAAGUAAAGACAUCCCGUAUCUUACUGUUUGGUAAACUCAUAGCCACUGACCAGCAGUCCUCUCAAAGCUGCUCAGGUGAUACACUUGGGAACAGUUUGUCAGAGGGAAAUACAGAGAAGACCGGUGUUUCUUCCAAUGGCUCUGGUUCAGCUUUACACAAGAAUCCCCCUCUAGAAAAUUCUUCAAAUGAAGGAUCUCCUUGGUGCAAAGGCCACAAGAAAGCUGAUCACUCGGAGACUGGUCAUUGCAAAGUUUUUAUGGAAUCAGAAGAUGUGGGUCGAACACUGGAUCUUUCAGUCCUUGGAUCAUAUGAAGAGCUGUAUGGGAAGCUAGCCAACAUGUUUGGGAUAGAAAAUUCAGAGAUGCUGAGUGGUGUGAUCUAUUUGGAUGCAACCGGUUCUGUUAAACACACUGGAGAUGAACCCUUCAGUGAGUUUCUGAAGACAGCAAGAAGGCUAACAAUUCUUACAGAUUCAGGCAGUGACAACAUAGGAAGAUAGAGGAUGAGCGUGUUGGAUUCUGGCAGUGACAACAUAGGAGGAUAGAGAUGGAGUUUUUACUAAUUGUACAGUUUUCAAAUGCUUGGUUUUAAUAAUAGUAUUUGUUUUCUUUUAAGGAAGCCUACUCCAGCCAAUUUUGGGAUUCUGAGAAACCAUGUUCGGUAGCUUAUGUUGGAUUUAUUUUUGAGAAAUUAGAAGUAACCGAAAUAUUCUUGAAAGCUAGGAAUUCUUUGUU